AAGGAUGCGGCCCCCACGUCCCCAGAAAAUGGCGUUCUAGAACAAAUUGGUGUGUGCCUUGGCUUGAUAGGAACCGGCCGAGUCCAAUAGCCAUUCGUGCGGAUAUCACAUGAGCUCCUAUUUCUUCCCUGAUCGCGGCUUCUCACGGCUUGAGACAGCACACAGAAAGAAAGACGAUGCCUACCUCAGUCUAGGUCAGAGCUGGACAUGCUCGUGUCGGUGACUUGGGGGCUAUGUACCCGUAGCACUGCCCUGGAUUUGCUGUCUCAACUGCGUCUUCCGGUCAACCUUCCAUCCCGAAGCAAGCCCGCAGGCCAUCUUGUUGGGACGAUUUCCGGCCGCCGUCUCGAUUUGGUGUGCCUUACUUGGCUUUCUAUACCCUGUAUCCCAGUCUGCCAUGGCAGUGACAAGGGACGAUUAUCCCUAGCAAAAGUUGCCAUGGAGCUGUCUGGUGCCACGGCAAUCCAUCAUUUCGGUCUCGUGCGAGCCGGCGCAUCUCCCACUGGUCCAAACCUCGCGCUGGCCGAGACAAUGUGCACCAAACCCCAGGGUAUCAGUCAUGGUUCUUCGACGUCCGAGGCGAACCGUUCACCGAUAAGUCCUCGGUGUUCUCACCGCUCGCUACCUGGUCAUUAGCCAUGAGUCGAUAUGUCUGACAGCUGGCGGGACUCUGGGGCGGCUCCCGGCGCAAGCUCCAUCUUUGCGAAGGAUCGAAGGU